CAGAGCCGAGCCGGACGGGAGAGCGGACUAGGUACCCAGAGUUGGCGUAACCGUCGUACACGGAUUUAUGUUCCUGUCCUGGCCUGGCCUGGCCUGCGCGUGGUGCUGCUGGUGAUGAAGCUAAGAGCGAUUGAUAGUCCAUUCUCGUUGGUCUCAGAUGAGACGAUGGCGUUCGAGUCUAUCUUCUUCGUUCCGAGCCGGCAUCUCCGUCUUCGUAUCGACUGCGGCGCAGGCAUGCAAACUCUUCAAUCAUACAGUAUCCCUCGGAUCAGAUAAUGGACGAAACAUUUUGUACCUUGGUACUUCAACAAAUCUGCUGUCGCUGCAGUGCGAUAUAGGUUGCAAAUGUGAAACGCGGAAGAAAAAGGUGGAAGUUUGGGAAAAGGAAGUCAAAUGCGAGAGUGAAAUAUGGUUUGUCUUGUUUCAUCGAGCGCCAGCAGCCAGGAAGCGAAUCGAGUUCAAUCCUUCUAUCAGCCUGCAAUACAACGCUCUGAUCAUUCUCGAGUCAGCACUCAAAUUCAACUUCAACUCCGAGUGGGCUGUUCCCUUGUUCUUUAUGCGCAACGCUCCGUUCCGUCUCAUUCUUUUUACGACUAUCUGCGAAAUUGGAUGAUAUCACGUGAUGGUCAGCAGCCAUGGCAUGGAUUGAGACCUCGAGAGUUCAGGCUGAUACAGCUUGACUUCGCUAUCUUUCUCUGUACAGGUUUCCAAGGUCA